GAAAGGUGCAGACCCUGUCGUAGACGGUGACUAAUCACGUGACUAUGUGACUUACCAAAUCAAGCUUCGACACAAUGCUUCAUGUUGUAGCUAACUAUUUAGCUUUCCAGGAGCUUCUGUGUCAAGGCUCCGUGAUAUGAGGCUUUUAUUGAAGACAGUGCGGGCGGCAGUGAGUCAGGGGGACCAGAGCCGUCGACACUUCUGGGGAUGGCUCAAUGGCGUUUUCAAUAAGGUGGACUAUGAGAGGAUCAAAAGUGUUGGUCCAGACCAAGCUGCAGCAGAGUGGCUGCUGAGAUGUGGUGCCAAAGUCAGGUUCCAAGGUCUCGAUCGCUUUCAUCACGACUACAACGGACUGCCAACUGGGCCUCUGGGCCGAUACAAGAUCCAGGCGAUUGACGCUACUGAAUCCUGCAUCAUGUACAGAGGAUUUGACCACCUGGAUGGUUUGAAAUAUGUGGAUGAAAUAAAGUUCAACAAGUGCAUCUAUAUAGAGGACGCCUGUCUAGAGAGGUUGAGCUCAGUUGAGAACCUGCAGGACACUUUGAAAAGGAUGGAGGUGGUGACGUGUGGAAAUGUAACUGAUAAGGGCAUCAUCGCUCUGCACAAACUCAGGAAUCUGGAGCAUCUGUUUCUCAGCGAUCUGCCUGGAAUCAAAGACAAACAGAUGACUGUUCAAAGAUUACAGACUGCACUUCCACGUCUAGACAUAGUGCUGGACUUGGCCUGAUGGACAAAACGGCUUCCUUUUGUAUAAGAUGUGCAAAGCCUGCAGGAAAGACGGGAACGUGUGAGGCUUCAGUCAUCGCACAGUGUUGACAUUUUGAAUUUGGUGAUUAGAACCAGUUGCUAGGAUCUUUAUUUAUUUUUUCCCUUCGAAUAUGGAAAUAAAAUAUAGAGUUCA